GUAGAAACACAGGUAGAACCUCUCUGAAUGUGACUGUCCCUUUCUGUUUGUGUUCUACAGGAAGUGCAGGUACCAGUGUCUUGUUCAAUGAGAACGGAGAUGCUCCCGGCCGUUAUGACAUAUUCCAAUUCCAGAUGACCAAUCACAGCCAUCCUGGUUACCAUGUCAUCGGCCAGUGGACCAAUAACCUGAAACUCAAUUUGGACGAGAUGCAGUGGUCAGGAGGAGAUAAAUCAGUUCCAGACUCCAUCUGUAGUUUUCCCUGUAAACCAGGAGAGAGGAAGAAGAUGGUGAAAGGAGUUCUAUGCUGCUGGCACUGUGAGCUCUGUGAUGGGUAUCAGUACCAGUUGGAUGAGUUUACCUGUGAGACCUGCCCAUCAAACAUGCGCCCCGCCCCAAACAGAACCACCUGUCAUCCGACUCCAAUCAUCAAACUGGAGUGGAACUCCCCCUGGGCCCUAGUGCCCACCUCUCUUGCCCUGCUCGGUAUCCUAGCAACGAGUGCUGUGGUCAUCACCUUCAUCCGCUUCAAUGACACACCAAUUGUCAGGGCAUCAGGGAGGGAGCUCAGCUACGUACUACUGACAGGUAUCUUCCUCAUCUACCUGAUCACCUUCCUGAUGAUCGCUGAGCCAGGUGUGGUGGCUUGUGCAUUCCGCCGCCUCCUGCUGGGCCUCGGCAUGGCCAUCACCUACUCUGCCAUGUUGACCAAAACCAACCGCAUCUACCGCAUCUUCGAACAGGGCAAGAGGUCGGUGACCCCACCCAAAUUCAUCAGCCCCACCUCCCAGCUCAUCAUCACCUUCAUCCUCAUCUCUGUCCAGGUCCUCGGGGUGUUCGUGUGGUUUGGCGUCGUCCCUCCUCACACCAUCAUCGACUACGAGGAGCUCCGUCCACCGAACCCUGAUCUGGCCCGAGGCAUCCUGAAAUGUGACAUGUCUGACCUGUCAAUCAUCUGUUGCCUCAGCUACAGUAUCGUACUCAUGGUAACGUGUACGGUGUACGCUGUGAAGAGUCGUGGUGUUCCAGAGACGUUUAACGAGGCAAAGCCGAUUGGAUUCACCAUGUACACCACCUGCAUCAUCUGGCUUGCCUUUGUACCGAUCUUCUUUGGUACCGCAAAGUCGACGGAGAAGGUAAGACCCAAACCAGACCAGGACCAG